GUCUACGUUUCGGUCGACAAGAGGCACACAGCAUGUGCGCUUGGUAGCAAAAGCCAGUCGCUCUCCACUUGGCUCCCACUGCUAUCCACUUGGCCCUCACACGCACGGUGCUCCGAUCUCCGAUCCCGAUCCCGAUCCAGUGGCAUUUUCGUUAUUUCACCCCCUCCCAACUUCCUCCUCGGUCCCAUCGACCCCCAAAUUCUUAUAUAACACACACCUUUUUUUAAGUCUCACAAUCCUCCACUCCAUUUCCUCUGUUUCGGCCGUUUUUUUGGUCUCAAACCACUUUCCCCUUCUCUCCUUUCCGCACCAAAAACAUGAUGAAGCUUUCCUGCAAUGCGGUGGACCAAAUCCACGGCGGGGCCCAAUGCCGCUUCUUGGGCCCGCAGAAGUCCCGGCCCGGCUUCGCUCGCCGCCGGAAAGAAGCUCCGCCUUCGAUUGUUACGUACAGCGGUGGUUCGCCUUCGUCGAGGAGGGGGAUUGUGGCGGUGGUGUCGGACCGGGGAGCCGUGGGCGCCGAGAAUGGGCCGGGUCGGGUCGAGCCCAUCAGCCUGGCGGACCGGCUGAGGCAGGGGAGCUUGGCGGAGGACGGCAAGUCGUAUAGGGAGUGCUUUAUAGUCAGGAGCUAUGAGGUUGGGAUGAACAAGACUGCUACUGUGGAGACGAUUGCCAAUCUGUUGCAGGAGGUUGGAUGCAACCAUGCUCAAGUUGUGGGAUUUUCAACCGACGGGUUUGCAACGACCACCACCAUGAGGGAAUUGCAUCUAAUAUGGGUUACUGCUCGCAUGCACAUUGAAAUCUACAAAUAUCCAGCUUGGAGUGAUGUUGUUGAAAUAGAAACGUGGUGCCAAGGGGAAGGGAGAAUUGGAACUAGACGUGAUUGGAUACUUAAGGACUAUGCCACUGGGCAAGUCAUUGGAAGAGCGACAAGCAAGUGGGUGAUGAUGAACCAAGACACUAGGAGGCUUCAGAAAGUCAGUGAUGAUGUUCGCGAAGAGCAUCUAGCUUUUGCUCCACGAGAGCUAAGAUUAGCAUUCCCAGAGAAGAACAAUAGUAGCUUGAAGAAAAUAGCUAAACUAGAAGACCCUGCUCAGUAUUCCAGACUAGGACUCGUGCCAAGGAGAGCAGACCUGGACAUGAACCAGCAUGUUAAUAAUGUCACCUACAUAGGAUGGGUUCUAGAGAGCAUGCCUCAAGAAGUCAUUGAUAGCCAUGAACUCCAGACUAUCACCUUAGAUUACAGGCGAGAGUGUCAACAAGAUGACAUAGUCGAUUCCCUUACUAAUGUGGAAAAUGUAGAGAAUGCUGAAGUGAGUUUGAAGGGAACAAAUGGGUCUCCUGCUGCAACAGAAAAUCAAAACGACUACCGUCAGUUCUUGCAUCUACUGAGAAUAUCAGGUGAUGGAUCAGAAAUAAACAGAGGACGCACAGUGUGGAGAAAGAAACCGGCAAGAUGAUAAAAUCAUUUUAUCUGUUUGGCUUCACCUGUUUUUGGUUUGAUUUUGUUUCUAGUUACCCAUGUUUUUGUCCAUUGUAUGAGAGGUUUUGUUUCUUAGUUGAUGUCAGCUUCAUAGUUUAUUUUCUAAGCUUUUCCCAAUUGCAAUUGUUACAAAAUGUCAUUAUCUCGUGCACUGAUGUGAAUAUAUUCUCAAAGAAUAUUCUCCAUUUUAUGUUGUAUCUGACAUUUUAAAUGGUAACCCAUCUUCAUUGGAAUGUAAUAUUACUAGGUUCAAGCUUCAA